AUGACCGCAGCAGUACUCAAUGGAGAGACCAAUGGACUCGCUUCGAGUUCCAAGCUUGAGUUUUACCUCGCCGAUACAAGUAGAUUCGAAAGUAUCGAUAAGAUACUCGAUAGAAGGGGACCGUGGACCAAUGAGUUGUUCCAAGGUGGACAAGGGACCAAGGACUUUCUCAGAAAUCAGUCCAAGAUCCUUGUUAUUGGUGCAGGGGGAUUAGGUUGUGAGAUAUUGCAGAACUUGGCUUUGUCUGGAUUCAACGACAUCCAUGUAAUAGAUAUGGAUACGAUUGACAUAUCAAACCUCAAUCGACAAUUCUUGUUCAGAGAGUCAGACGUCGGAAAAUCGAAAGCUCUCGUGGCUGCCGAAUUCGUGAUGAAGAGAGUUCCAGGUGUCAAAGUGACACCCUAUCACGGUAAAAUCCAAGAUCAUCCUAUAACGUUCUAUGAGCAAUUCAACAUUGUUGUCGCAGGAUUAGACAGCAUUCCCGCUAGAAGAUGGAUUAACGCCACCUUGGUUCAAAUGGCUCAAGAAGAUGAAGAAAAGAUAAUACCUCUUGUAGAUGGCGGGACUGAAGGUUUCAAAGGUCAAGCAAGAGUCAUCCUGCCCACCGUAACAUCGUGUUAUGAGUGUUCCAUUGAUAUGCUCACACCACCGACUGCCUUUCCAAUAUGUACUAUCGCCAAUACUCCUCGUUUACCUGAACAUUGCAUCGAAUGGGCAAGUGUGCUGGAAUGGCCGAAAGUACAUAAAGACAAAAAGCUUGACACCGACGAUCCCGAUCAUAUCGAAUGGCUUUACCAACAAGCUUCUGCUCGUGCAGCUCAAUUCAAGAUCGAGGGCGUCACGUGGGCUCUGACACAAGGCGUUGUCAAGAAUAUAAUCCCUGCUAUUGCAAGCACGAAUGCUAUCAUCGCCGCAUCAUGUUGUAACGAAGCUCUCAAGAUAGCUACAGCGUGUGCACCUUAUCUCGAUAACUAUAUGAUGUAUGUCGGUAACGACUCAGUGUAUACCUACACAUUCGAAUACGAGAAACGACCCGAAUGUCCCGUUUGUGGGGGCGAGAGCUUGACGGCAGAUGUAGGGAGGGAUUGGACUUUAGAAAAGUUUAUCGAAACGCUGAUUGCGAGGCAGGAUCUGCAAAUAUCAAAACCGUCGCUGUCAUACUCUCGAGGUGCACUCUUCUGGCCGUCCCCACCUGAUGUGUUCGAAGCGACUCGACCGAAUCUCGACAGACUACUCAUUGAUCUGUUAGGCGAAGAGGAAGGUGUAGUGGUGACAGACCCUUCGAUGCCGGUUAGCGUCAACAUAUCCCUUAAUUACGUAUAA